UGAGGUGCGCAGAAAGGAAGAACACCACCAGGGCAACUUCGAAAGAUGGCGGCGCACACGCAGAAAAAUAACAAACCACCGAAAUCAGGGGGGAAAGAGGCUCAGCCGCUGAUUCUCCCAAAAACCCCUGCGGAUGAGCAACGGCUGAAGUUGGAGCGGCUCAUGAGAAACCCCGACAAGCCCGCUCCCAUCCCGGAGAGGCCGAAGGAGUGGAACCCUCGCGCCCCGCCGGAGUUCGUCCGGGACGUGAUGGGCUCCAGCGCGGGCGCAGGCAGCGGUGAGUUCCACGUUUACCGCCACCUCCGCCGCAGAGAGUACCAGAGGCAGGACUUUCUGGAUAAAAUGGCAGAGAAGCAGGACAAGGACGUGGACUACCUGAAGAAAAUAGAGCAGAACAGAAAGGCAGCAGAGGAGCGAACCGCGAAGCGAAGGAAGAAGCGGGAAAAGCUAAAGCAGAAGAAGCUUCUAGCAAAGAAGGCUAAGAUGGAGGAUAAAGACGGUAAGGAAGGAGAUACGGACUCUGACAGCAGCGGAGAGGAGGAGGGGAAGGAGGAGAGUGGAACAGAAGAGGAAAAAGAAGAUGACGCGGAGGCUCCAAGCUUCGUUAUGGGGAGGAAAUGAACAAUAUGAUGAAAUGGCAUCAGCAGGGUUAGAAGAAAGACGUGGGGUUUGUGCACCAUAUAAAUGUUUUAACAUCAAAUCUGCCAGAAUAACGCAUCAUAAGUUUGAAAAAGGUUAAUUUAAUCAGUUUCAUUGUUUACUCCAGAGGACUGAAGCAGCUUUGGAUUUUUCAUCAGAUUUUUCAUCUGUUUGGACAUGGAUGUGUUUUAGAUUAAAAUAAACACCUGAUCAAAUUGUUAAAACCUGGAAUUAAAUAGUUGUUUUUGACUGUUUGCUAGUAUUGGUUCCCUUAAUAAAAAGCAUAGUCUUAUUGCCAACUUGACCUUUUUGUUUUUUUGCAUUGGGGAGGUAAAAUAACUUUAGAAAAACUAUAGACAAUAUGUUGCUGGCUGCACACUGCUGAUCAGCUGGGUUCACAUCAGCCUUUUACAUUUCAUAAAGACUAGAACAACAAAAAUCUGUAAUAAUCUGUAUGUUGAACAUUUAUGUUAUCACAAAACGUGGAAAUUAUUACUGAAAUCUGUCAGAUAAGACAUCUCAUAGAUAACUGGUUAUGUGUUUCAGCAGGAUUGAUUAGGCUGUUUGAUGGAGCCUACUCCAUAAAACGGCUCCACCCCCUGUUUCAGGCCUGGGGGGGAAACAGCCCUAUUCUUUGCUCCUGUUCAUGCAUAUCAAGCGCUAUGUUUCCUGCCGAGGUCUGAGUCUCAAAGACGAUGUUAUUGUAUCAAUACAUUUUCCUAAUUGUCUUUUUUCUUCAUGUGAGGUUUUCAGAUUAAAAUACAUUUUGGGGAAAAAUGUCUUAAACUGGUGUUUGAACUCUUGUCCUGUGUCUCUGCAGCCUUGUCAUUCAGCCCUGGGUGACCUCCCAUCACCUUUGGGCUCAACAAGGCUGCAAAAAACAACUCAAAGAAUGAAAAGGCGCGGCUCCUGCAGGAUUGGGAGUUCUGCGUGCGAUGUUCCUUGGACAGACGCCUGCCUCCCACGGUGGUGUUGGCCGGUCUCUGUGGCCGUCACCUUUCUUGAGGCAGGUAGAGUAAAACCAGGCAGCCAGAUAUUGUUUGGACCAGGGGAAGCUUUGCCUGUCAGACACUGUCCGCUGCCACAAGAAUAGCUUCUAUUCUGAUUUUUAGGUUUUACUUUUUCUUGUUGAAUCUGUAAAUAAUAAAACAUUUCAACUCGUAAGUCUCAUAAGGUUUUUGUGUUUUUUUUUCUGCCUCUUUCAGCAGUAAAUGUGACAUU